AUGUUCUUGGAGAAAGAAAAAUAUCCUGAAGGAGUCACCUUAAAUCAUACGAAGACUAUCAGAAAGCUGGCUAAUGGUUUCUUCCUCAACAAGAAUGUCCUGUAUAAAAGAACCUCAGAUUUGAGAUUGCUUAGAUGUAUUGAUCCUGUCGAAGCUACAAGAUUGAUUAAAAAGCAUGAACAAUUGCCUUAUGCAUUACUGGGAUACCGCACAACUGCCAGGACUUCAACUGGAGCCACUCCGUACCUGCUGAUGUAUGGCACUGAAGCUGUAAUUCCAUCCGAAGUUGAAAUACCUUCACUUAGAAUAAUACAAGAAGCUGAGUUGGACGAUGUGGAAUGGAUCAGCAAGAGGUAUGAGCAACUGGCUCUGAUAGAUAAAAAGAGGAUGAUUGUUGUUUGCCAUGGUCAAAUAUACCAACAGAGAAUAGCGCGAGCUUUCAACAAACAUGUGAGAACUAGGAUGUUUCAAAUCGGACAAUUGGUGCUCAAACAAAAAUUCCCAAAUCAAGAAGAAUACAAAGGAAAGUUCGCACCAAAUUGGCAAGGCCCCUAUAUGGUGCGAAAGGUACUAUCACGAGGAGCUGUGGUACUUGCUGAAAUGGAUGGUCAGGAGUGGCCAAGAGCAAUAAAUUAA